UUAGCAUUGUUCGGGCGGUUUUUGAGUACUUCGGCCAGUUUGAAUGCUGCCAAGCUCACCGUACGCGACGCUCUCAAUUCUGCUAUGAAGGAAGAAAUGGAACGAGAUAAAGAUGUCAUCAUCCUCGGAGAGGAGGUCGCGCAGUACGACGGCGCCUAUAAGGUGACGAAAGGUCUUUGGAAAAUGUUUGGUGAUGAUCGUGUAAUAGAUACCCCAAUUACUGAGAUGGGUUUCGCAGGUGUCGCCGUGGGUGCAGCAAUGGCUGGGCUCAAACCUAUCUGUGAAUUCAUGACUUUCAAUUUUGCAAUGCAAGGUAUUGAUCAAAUCGUCAACUCUGCCGCAAAGACGUGCUAUAUGUCAGCUGGACAGGUAGGUUGA